CACGAUUUUAAAAGUUUUUUACGCUGUGCAAUUUUUUUUUUUUGUUGCUUCUAUUGUCGCGUUCUGCGCUGCCAAACAAAGUAAAAGUUAGAGGCGAAAGUUCUCUCUCCGUGUGUGUGUGUCUGUGUGGAAAGUGCGGCAAAAAUAAAACAACAACAAGAAAAACAACGACAAGAACGUGCAAGUUUAAUUCGAUUUUAGUGUGGAGCAAUCAGUGCGAAAAGCGCCAAGCAAAAGCAACAACAACAGCAGCAAGAAGAAGAAGCAGAAAACCGCACACAAACAACAAAAGCGCAGCGUGCAGAAAAAGUUACCGUUAUUCUCGUCGCUACCUUUGCACAUUCACAUUCGUAUGCAUGCGUCUGUGUGUCGGUCUGUGUGCAUGUAGUAAUAGCAGUGAGCUGAAGAACAGUAAAAGUGGAUUAGCAGCAGCAACAGCAACAACAACAACAAUAACAACAGCAGCAGCAGCAGCAACAACUACAACAGCAGCCGCUAUUGCCGCCGGCAGCGCAGUCAGUGUUAAAUUUUGUGCAGCGACUGAGAAUCUUUUUUUUUUGGGAUUCAAUGCGGAGGAGCGCUUAGCGUGUUAGUCUUUCAACUCGUGACUGUUCAUGGAAACCAUGAUUACGAGAAAAUACAGAUAGAAAAAUGCCAGCGCACAUUUAUUGGAAGACUAAGCAAAUUCGGGCAGUUUUGCUCGUGACGAGCUUCUGCCUGCUGCUUUCACACGCCGCUUGGGCAAAGAAACUGAAUGCUAGUCAAGCGUUCGACGACACAUGGAAUACAGCAUCCGACUUGGAAAAUGAGCUGGAACAACAGAAACGUGCCAAGGGCAGUGCAACAGGAUCAUCGGGCCCUGGCUCGAACACUGGACAGUGGUCGACCUGGUCGGAAUGGUCGACAUGUUCGCGCACCUGCGAUGGCGGUAUUAUGCAACAAAUGCGUCGCUGCAGCACACCGGGCAGCUGUCGCGGCGAGAGUGCCCGCUAUCGCAUCUGCAACAUGCAGCCGUGUCCGGAGCAACAGGACUUCCGUGCGAACCAGUGUGCCGCCUACAAUGAUGUCCCCUACGAUGGCACCCUCUACAAAUGGACACCGCACUACGAUUAUGUCGAACCAUGUGCCCUGACAUGCAGAGGCCAUCCGGCGCAUCUUACGGAGGACGUCUCACCGGAAUCGGCUGCUGGUAAUACCGAGGAGCACUACGAUGAGCAGAGCGUCAUUGUGCAAUUGUCGGCACGGGUGCAGGAUGGGACACGUUGCCGCUCCGGCAGUUUGGAUAUGUGUAUACAGGGCAAAUGUCAGCGUGUCGGCUGCGAUUUGAAAAUAGGCUCAACGAAGAAAAUCGACGGCUGCGGCGUGUGCGGGGGCGAUGGCAACUCCUGUUCGCAACCGCUCUAUUAUUGGGAGAUGGCACCGAUGUCGCAAUGUUCCGUCACCUGCGGCGGCGGUUACAAAAUGUCUCGUCCUAUAUGCAGGAAUCGUCUAACUGGCGCUGAUGUCGAUGAGACGCUCUGCAGCGUUGCUAAUCACCCGGAGCCAUCGGUGGUGCCAUGUAAUACACACAGCUGUCCGCCGCGUUGGAUAACCGACGAUUGGAGCACUUGCAGUCGCCUCUGUGGGCACGGUUACCGUGAACGGAUGGUUGUCUGCGCCGAGGAGACCAACGGCAUCAAAACGAGGGUUGCAGAUAUUAUGUGCCGCACUCCGAAGCCGCCAACACAGGAGACCUGCAUUAUUGAGGAGUGUCCGCACUGGGAGGUGGAGGACUGGACCGGUUGCUCCGUUUCGUGCGGGCAGGGCAUCCAGAUGCGCGGCGUGGAAUGCAAAUCGACGGAUGGCAGCCUGAGUGCCAAAUGUGAUCCACUAACCAAGCCGGGUAGCAUGCAGCAGUGUUCGACGGGUAUUCACUGUGAUGGCGGCGGCGGCGGCGGCGGAUCGGGUGGCAGUCAGAAUAAGGGCGGCGGCACCAUCAUUGUUGGCAGCAGUCGCUCCCUGAAUGAGCGGUCCGAACGACACAUGGACAGCUCGGAUCUGGAUGAGGACGAUGAUGAUGAGGAUGCAGAUGAACAGGUUGAGGAUGUGGAUGACAUGGAAUCGGGUCAGGAUACGGACGAUGGCGAGGGCCUCUCCUAUGCCGAUCAACCACUACGCUAUGCUCAUCAUACCCAGAGUCGAUUGCAUCACGAGACGCCGGAGGAGCCACGCACCAUGCGUCUGAUGAGUGGCAGCUCCAGCAAGAAUCACAAUAAUGCCCGAACAGGUGCAAGUGGCGGCACAGAUGUGCCAUCACUGGAUCCCAGCUUCAUCAAGGACACAGAUUGGUCAUCCUGCAGCGUUACCUGCGGCGAGGGCAUUAGACGACGUGCUCAUAAGUGUAAAAUCUUUCUGGAAUACUCACGCACAGUGGCCACUGUGAAUGACACACUGUGCGAGGGCAACAAGCCACACGAUGAGGUUGAGCGGUGCGUGGAGGAUCCCUGCAUGCUGCCCUCGCAUGGCUAUGACGAUCAGUUUCCCCGUGACUCCAUCAAGGUGGGCGUCUCCGAGCCGGGCAAGACGUAUGUGUGGCGCGAACAGGGCUACACCUCGUGCAGUGCAUCCUGUUUGGGCGGCGUAGAGGAGCUGAUCAUCAAUUGUGUGCGGGAGGACAAUGGUCGGGUUGUCUCCCCCUUCCUCUGCUCGCAGGAGACCAAGCCGGAGGCGCGGGUGCGCACCUGCAACGAUCGACCAUGUCCGCCGCGCUGGAACUACUCGGAUUAUACGCCCUGCUCGAAGAGCUGCGGCAUUGGCAUCAAGACACGCGAAGUACAGUGCAUCCAUGAGGUAACGCGCGGCGGCGAGAACACUAUGGUGGUGCCCAACAGCAUGUGUCCCCAACCACCGCCGGCCGACAGGCAAUACUGCAAUGUGCUCGACUGCCCGGUGCGCUGGGAGGUGGGUGAGUGGUCAAAGUGCUCCCAUACCUGCGGAUAUGGCAUCAAGGAUCGCAAAGUGGAAUGCAAACAGAUAAUGGCCCAGGAGCAUAAGAUUGAGCGACCCGAAUCGAUGUGUCCCAGCGUCAAGCCGCCAGAUAAGAAACCGUGCAAUGUGAAACCAUGUCCGCCCGAGGAUCCCAAGCCCGUCAUUCAAAUCAGUAACUCGACGCACAUUCAGCACGAUCCAAAGAAGACAAAGAUUACAUUGAAAGUGGGCGGAGCUGGUGUUGUUUUCUUUGGCACCCAGGUGAAAAUCAAGUGUCCCGUUAAACGCUACAAUCGCACCAAGAUCAAGUGGAGCAAGGAUCACAAGCCACUAGUGCGUUCGCGCAAGUUUAAGGUGUCCAAGAAGGGUGCACUUCGCAUCCUGGAUAUCACGUUCCGCGAUGCGGGCAUCUAUUCCUGUCAUGCCGGACUCAGCUCCGCAGAGAUUCACAUUGAGGUCAAGGCGAAGCCCGGACAGCAGGCCGAGGAGCUGGAACGCCAGGAAUCAGAUCGCUUGGUACGUGAACGCAGCGGCACGGAGGCACUUACCUCAGCGGACAUGACGUCACCAACGAGUGGUGCCACAGCGGGUGGAGCGGCAGCAAUGGGCGGCCCUGAUGGCGGCCCUAAUGGGUCGCAGCAGCAAUCGUCAACACGUCGCAGACAGAACCAGUCGGAAAGGAUGCAGAAUGGCAGGGAACGCAAUCGACGCCCCAAAUCGGAUGGAGUGCAGCAUGCGGAUAGCAGCAUUAUGGAAGAUGAGCAUUCGCAAUUAGUGCAAUCCCAGGACAGAAUUCCACAGCCAGCGAGCGCCAGCAGCGGCAGCAGUCGCACCAAAACUCUUCUGGCCAUGCCCUAUUUCGAGGCGUUGCUGAGCAACCUGCAGUUACUCUGGCCACUGCAGCGCUUUAAGGACUCGCGCGGACAACAUCUGCUGCAACGUGAGGCGCUCAAUUACGGUCUCGAUUUGGAGCCGCAACAGCGUUACGAACAGGAUGAGCCUGUCCCCUCCCCGUCUCCGACUCAGUCUCCAUCCCCAUCAGCAGCUCGUGUGGUAACCAAAGAGCUGCAUACCGAGGCGGGUCGAGUGGAACUUGCCAUACCCAGCCUGAAGAGCAGAGAGCCACCCCAAACGGAGAAUGUGCCGCCGCAUAUGCCACACGCUCGCUGGGAAACGGCAACAACAAUCGCAAUGGCCUCACCAACCAACACACACAGCAAAAGCAACAACAACAACCAUAAGGGGGGCAGCAGCGACGAGGGGGAGUCGGAAAGUGGUCACUAUGACUACAAAUGGGAGCUGGGCGAUUGGUCCAAGUGCUCGCAAGAAUGCGGUGCUGCUGGCAGCGGUUUGCAGCGUCGCACACUGAGCUGCCGCCGUGAGGCAACAAAGAAGGCAACGUCGAGGAUGACUGCGUUGUCAAAUGGUGAUGGCAUCGUCGCCCAACUCGUAGAGAAUGCAGAGUGCCGUGCCCAGGGGCUGGACAUGCCUGACACGUUCCAGAGCUGCGGCAACGAGCCCUGUCCGCACUGGACCAAGGGCGAUUGGUCUCUCUGCCAGAAUUCGCGGUGCCACGGGCGCAACACGGCCAUGCAACGGCGGCAGGUUAGCUGCCGCUACGAGAACGGCAGCUCAGGCAGCCUCUGCGACGAGUACGAGAGACCGACGGGGCGGCAGGAAUGCUACAACGAGCGCUGCAAGGGCGUCUGGCGUGUGGAGCCCUGGUCCGAGUGCAAUGCGCCCUGUGGUCGCCAGGGCAUUAAAUUCCGCAUUCUGCAGUGUGUCUGGUAUGGCAGCCGUCGACCCGCCGGCAAUGUCUGCAAGCAUCAACCCCGACCGGCUGUCAUGAAGGUGUGCAAGAGUCCCCAAUGUCAAUCCAAGCUCACUAAAUCGUCUGGUUGUCGCGAUACUUCGCGAUAUUGUCGGAAUGCUCGUGCCAUGGGUCUCUGUCGAUUGCAUCGCUAUAAGGAGAAGUGCUGCGGAUCUUGUCAGCCCAAGCAGGAGGAGAUGCAGUAGAUUUUAUAGAUGCGCUGAGACUACCAGCAAAAUAAAAAUUUAAGAAAAUCAGCAUGCUAUUACUAUAAGAGUACAUGAGGGUAAAAUUAUAGCAUGAUCUAGUUGAAAGUCGUACAACUUAACUGAAAUAUGUAUGGAUAUUACUAAGGAGGAUGAGUGCAAUUUAGUUGAUCUUAUGUUAAGGCAUAGUUAAAUGUAAUAAUUGAGAAACUUUGUAACGAGAGUAACAACAGCGAGAUCAAUUCGAGGAUAAAUCACAUUUAAUUAACAUACAUACAUAUAUCGUUUCCUUUUUUGUCUACUAUUUACAACUAUUCGUAAACUAAGCGCAAAAUAUCGUUAGAUAUGCCCAAAAGCAAAACCCAGGCUAGCAAAUUGUUUGG